GAGGCGGUGAAGCUCUUCAUUAGCGGAGUUACAUCCGCGGGGACGUGAGUGGGAGAGACGGGGUUUUCGUUGAAGAAACGGCAAGAUAUCUCUCUGUCUACGCGGCUGGCACCACAUCGGCUUCAGGGAUGUAGUCGAAGCGGGAAGAGCUCUGCACUACCGAGCUCGUGAACAUGAAGAAACAUUCGGCCAGGGUUUCCCCGUUGUCCGCCUGCAACAGCCCGGUGCUCACCUUAACAAAAGUUGAAGGAGAAGACAGGCCUAGGGAGAGCGUGGUCGGCACGUCAGAAGGCCAGCCGGCGGCAGGCGUGCCGGGGGUGGAGUCAGCCACGGGGAGGCGGAGACUGCGCUGCUGUGUCCGGGUGACGGCGCUGCAGGUGCGCAAGGCGCUGUGGGGCGUCGCCAUGGUGAUAUGCGUGUGCUCAUCGUGGGCGGGAGCCACCCAGCUGGCCAAGCUGACGUUCAGGCGGUUCGAUGCUCCGUUCACCCUCACCUGGUUCGCCACCACCUGGAACAGCCUGUUCUUCCCCCUGUACUACGCCGGACACGUCUGCAAGAGCAGCGAGAAGCAGACGCCCAGACAGAGACUCAGGGAGUGUUGUCGUUUCUUCAGUGAUGAAGGUCUAACAGCGAAGGUGUUCUUCACCAAGGUGGCUCCGUUCGGCCUGCUGUGGAUCCUCACCAACUACCUGUACCUGCAGGCCCUGAGGAAGAUCAACACCACAGACGUGUCGGCUCUGUUCUGCUGCAACAAGGCCUUCGUGUUCCUGCUGUCCUGGAUCGUGCUGCGAGACCGCUUCAUGGGGGUGAGGAUUGUGGCGGCCAUCUUGGCGAUCGCUGGCAUUGUGAUGAUGACAUACGCAGACGGCUUCCACAGUCACUCUGUCAUCGGGAUCACUCUGGUGGUGGCCUCAGCCUCAAUGUCAGCCCUCUACAAGGUGCUCUUCAAACUAGUGCUGGGCAGUGCUAAGUUCGGGGAGGCGGCUCUCUUCCUGUCCAUCGUGGGCGGGGCUAACUUCCUCCUUCUCAGCUUCAUCCCUGUCAUCCUGUACUUCAGCCAGAUGGAGAACUUUGGCUCCCCAGACCACAUCCCCUGGGCUCACCUGUGUGGAGUGGCUGGCCUGCUGCUUGCGUUCAACCUCCUGGUGAACUUUGGCAUUGCCGUGACGUCCCCCACACUUAUCUCUCUAGGCAUCGUGCUCAGCGUGCCUGUCAACGCCAUGGUGGACUUGUACACCUGUGAGAUCAACUUCAACACGGUGCGGCUGAUCGCGGUGUUCAUCAUCUGCCUGGGCUUCCUGAUGCUGCUGCUCCCUGAGGACUGGGACCACUGCUUCAUCCAGCUGCACACACGCCUGCGCCGACGUGACGAGCCAGCAGAGGGCGCAGGAGAGGCCGGGACCGGAACAGGGCUGACCUGGAGCCGGAGGGCUCGAACCUCCAUGUCCACGUUUACACACUGACACACACACACACACACUGACACACACACACACUGACACACACACACACACACACUGACACACACACACUGACACACACACACACACUGACACACACACACACUGACACACACACACACACACACACACACACUGACACACACACACACACACACACACACACACUGACACACACUGACACACACACUGACAUACACACACACACACACACACUGACACACACACACACUGACACACACACACUGACACACACACACUGACACACACACACACUGACACACACACACACACUGACACACACACACACUGACACACACACACACACACACUGACACACACACACACACACACUGACACACACAUACACUGACACACACACACUGACACACACACACACACACACACUGACACACACACACACUGACACACACACACUGACACACACACACACACUGACACACACACUGACACACACACUGACACACACACACACACACUGACACACACACUGACACACACACACACUGACACACACACUGACACACACACACACACACUGACACACA